UUAACAGGUUUGUCUGCUGAGGUUAAUGAAAUAGAUUUGGACAAUGACAUGCAGUAUAAUUCUGACGAAUUUGAUGACGAAGCAACAUACAGGGAUGAUUCUACAUUUGUUUACAAGAAGCAUGCAGAUUCAGUAUUCACUGCGCGGAUUGACAGCAAGACAAGUGACCUUGUAAUCUCUGGAGGUCAGGACGACAUUGCUUAUGUUUGGUCAGCUUUCUCAGGAGAAACAAAAUUCCAGUGUGAUGGACACAAAGAUUCUGUGACGUGUGUAGGGUUUAGUCACGAUGGAGUCUAUGCAGCGUCAGCUGAUCUCAGUGGGCUCAUCAAAGUAUGGAAGGUGGAGACCGGGAAGGAAGUCUGGUCCUUUGAAUGCUCCGAUAUCGAGUGGAUGCAGUGGCAUCAGAUAGCCCAUGUCCUCAUCGUGGGUACACAAGAUGGAGACACGUGGAUGUGGAAAAUUCCCAGUGGUGACUGUAAAACAUUUCAAGGUCACGGAUUCUCAGCAGCAAGCGGGUGUCUGAUGCCAGAUGGAAAGAGGCUAUGUGUUGGGUACGAAAAUGGCUCUGUGAAAGUGUGGGACAUGAAGACUGCCACUUGUUUACACCAUGUGAACGGAAAAGACAUUCAUAGUUCAUCUGUCGUCUGCUUAGACUGUGACAAAGACAACAAUUUGAUACUGACAGGUUCAACAGAUGCCACAGCAAAAGUCAUUCACAGCACAACAGGCAAGGUUGUAACGACAUUCAGCUGUAUAGAAGAGAACUCAGAAGAUGAGAAUUCGGUAGAAAGCUGUGCAUUCUCCUACUCGCAAUCGUCAUUAGCAGCAACAGGAACUCUCACGGGAAAAUUGAACAUAUGGGAUGUCCCAACACAGACAAAUCGUAACACCUGUCAACACACAGGAGGUGUAGUGAAGUUAAAGUGGGACAUCACAUCCCCCCUGGUCUACACAGCGUGUCUGGACGGCGUCAUUAGACUGUGGGAUGCUAGGAAUGGGAAGUGUUGCUAUGAGUGGGCGGGUCAUCAGGACGCUCUCUUGGACUUUGAUGUUUCUAAAGACGGAAAAACGUUGGUGUCCGUGUCAGAAGAUAACACAGCACGCGUUUUUUCAUUGCACAAACCAGACAGUUAAAGUCUACAGAUUUGUUUUUAUUAAAAUUAAAUGUGGAUGUCAG